CACAACUGUAACUAGCUCUAUGGUAAUCUUUUCUAUCUAGAGUUUCUGUUAAUCACAACGUGACAUGAUGGAUAACGGUAGCAGAGAGGUGUUAUGGAAGGAAGGGCUGGACACAGGAUUGUUACAGGAGCGAAUUGGAAUACAGAAGGAACAGACGUUGGAUUGGAUUGAAAUAAAAAAUAUGUUGUUGGACAGUUGGAAAAAACAGGGAAAACAUGGGUUUCUAUAUGAAGAGAACACCAUGCCAACCAUGGAUAAGCCUAAAGUAGAGGAAGAGCCUCAAAGAAAAGACCUUCAGAAAAAAUAUGUUCUUGCCACACAGGAGAUCACACAAGAACAUAUUUUUGGAAUUGCAAUUAUUUUUGCGAUUGCAGCGUUUAAGACCAUAAAUGAAGACUUGACUCAGAGGGUGAAAACACUGGAGACAGAGAACCUACAUCUGAAACAAGAAAUGGAGAAUUGGAGGGCAAGGGAACUCCAAGAGAGAGACUUAGAGAAACCAACCCGAAUGGUGGAGAUGGAAAAGAUGAUUAAAAUGAUGGAAUAUUACAGAGAGAGAUAUGAAAAAGAGAUGGCCCGAAUGGCCAAUGUUCAAAUGAAAGAGGAAAGAAGACAAGAGGAGGUCAACUUGGAUGUCAAAGAUAAAAAGAAUGUGUUGGAGGACAAGCAAAAAAUUGAAGAUGACAGAAAAAGCACAGAAGAUGUGGAACAAGAGAGAGCUCAAAAGAAAACAAACAGACAGAAUGAGAAACCAGUGAAGGAAGACCAAAACUGGGUGGAGGAGGAAAGUAAUGUGAAAGACAUGGGACAUGCAGAUGAAAAGACAGAAGGUGAAAGUAAGGUAUUGGAGACGGGGAAAGAAGGUGAUCAGACUGUGGAAAAGGAGUUUCUGAAAGACCAAGUACAGAUAAAGCCCUCUUCUAAGGAAGUUGUAGACUGGACAGACGUCAAGGAAGCGGAGAUUAAAGAGGAGAUCCACAAUGAUGUGUGUGAGGACCAUCAGGACAUUACAGUGACCAAAUCUGUUUUGAGGGACUCCAAAAAUGAAGACAGUGUCACCCUGAAGGACUGUAAGACCAACUCGGCAAACUUUCCUCUCAAAGUUUCCUCUCUUGAUGAAGCCACAGUAGCAACAAACACUGGGGUUGAGACUAAAGAGCUGAUCCAAAAUGAUGUGGCUGAGUACCAACAGGACAUUACUGUGACUGAAUCUAUUUUUAGUGACCCAAAAAUUGAGGAUGAAGAUAUUUCGCUUAAGGACACUAAGACCAACUCUGCAUGCUUCCAGGAGAUUACAGUUGGCCAACAAACACUGGAAGAGAGAAAUGAGAAGGACAAAGGGCAAAAUAGACUAGAAGAAGAGAGAAAGAAGAUGGAGGAGCAAGAAAAGAAAUGGGUGGAAGAGGAAAUAAGAAAGGGAGAGAUGAUCAUAAUGGAUAAGCAAAAGAAGAGAGAGGAAGAGAACAGAAGGGUGGAGGACGAAAGAAAGGAAGAGGCUGUGAGGUUGGAGAUGAACAGAGAGAGAAUGGAGGAAGAAAAAAAGAUGAUGGGUGCAAACAAUGACGAUAAUCUGUUAAGGAUUCAGGAAGAGGAGAGAAUGAGAGCUCUGGAAUUAGAAAAGAGGAACAGAGUGACAGACGAACAGCUAACAGACACCUGGACAGAAGCAGUGAAUUUAGAAGUGACAUACUCAGAUGAUGAGGACUGGAUAGACUCUGAACGUGAUAAUGAAAUCAAGAUCCAUUUCAUUUGUUCCACAGAACACUUGCGGAGCCCUGAAGUGACAGCACAUGCAAACCCACAGCAUACUCAAUAUAUGAAGUCACCAUUGCCAGAUCUCUCAUCUCCUACAGAAAAUAUGGCAUCACAAACCCUACCUCCACGACAGGAUAAACUCACAGAUUCAGUGGAUGGGGAUUCCUUCUGUGAAAAGCAGGAAUAUUCAGAUUAUGAUGGUGGGACGAAGUCUGAGAAGUUGAACAAUGAAUGUAAGAUCCAGAAAGCUCAAGAGAUCCAGGCGGAGGACAUUGACCACAAGUCUGAGGACAGCAUAGUUGAAGAACUGAGCCAAGAUGAUCAGAGUGACAUUGACAUUGAGGCGGUACAUUUAGUGGAGGUUGAAAGCAACAUCAGCAGCUUCACCAAUAUGAGGAAACCAGUGGCAAGCGCAGCAGUACUGGAGGACCAGUCUGGGCAACAGUCAGCAAAGCCAAAAGACAUGGCAAAGGAACAAAAGGAUGGUGAUAAGAAGGCAGAAAUAUUGAGGGUGGAAGAACAAGGGUAGAGAGUUCAAGAAAACAGCCAGAAGCAUAAGACAAAACAGGAGCAAGAGACAAUGAAGUUAAAUAUGGGCAGAGAAAGAAUGGAAGAAGAGAUAAAGAUGAUGGAUGCAGAACAUGAUAAAGCCAAUAU